AUGGCUUCUGCCAGUGCUUCGUCAUCAACGACAACUCUUUGGGCCACAGCAUCAAAGGAAUGGGUUAUUCAGCCGAAACCGAAACCAGGUCGAAAACCUAAAAAGGAUUCCACAUCCCCUACGAAGGCAGAACAAGAACAAAUCGACACUAAGGGCCGCCGUAUCCAAAAUAGAGCUGCUCAGAGGGCAUUUAGAGAACGAAAGCAAUCUCAACUUUCUGAGCUACAAGCUCGGAUUCAAUCUUAUGAACAAGGCGAAGUCGAACGAAACGUCGCAUUGCAAAACAUUGCUAAACGCCUGAAGGAAGAGAACGAGAAAUUGCGCAAUGAAAACUUGGCGCUACAGGCCAAAUUAUCUCAGAUGCAGCAGCAACAACAGCAACAAGAGCACUUAGUUUUACAACAAACUUCUGACCAAAAGCCAUCGGACGACAAGGAUAAGAAAAAACGCCGGAGAGACGAUUCCCCUGCCAUUUCACUUACUCUCAAUACAGACAACCGCUCGAGUAAGAAAACGCGUAAAAUCAACAAUUGCGAUAUCUUAACCUCCACGGCUCCUGCUCCCGCACCGUCAUUAUCUUUCUCGCCUUCUGUAGCGUCUACACCGGAUUCAAAUGACACGACAGAUUCGCAAUUCCCCCCUCUCUCGUAUGGUACAUCAACCGAAAUGGAUGUAAACUCCUUCAAUCAUUUUAACGACCUUGCGCCGAACGUGAAAGCUGACGAAAUGUCUCUUCGACCAUUUGUUUCCUUUGGUUGUGGUUUCUGUAAUGAAGACACUAUCUGCGUCUGUCAAGAAAUGGCGGUUGUUGAUAGAAACUCAAACGACUUUACCAACACACAGGUUCUAAUCAACAGAGAAAAUCUCGAUACAAAUUUCCAAGAAUCUGUUGUUCAAGAAGUCCCAUCGAUAUUGGAUAAUCUUCCUCCUUAUCAGCCUCCAGUUGCCCUUCGAAGGAGAUCUGGUGCAGUCCAAGUCAAUUCAGUGUUUCCCGUGCAAGUUGUGUCCACCUCCAGUCGCCCUCUGGACGAAAAUUGUUCUGGAGAUCCGUCCAAUUGUCUAGCCUGUGGGGACGAUGCAUUUGGAAAAGCUUUCUGCGCCGCCAUUGGAAACACGGCAUCCGCGCUUACAGAUUGUAAUGGUUGUCCUCCUACUCCAGGUCGACCUCGCGCUUGCUGUGGAGGCAAAUCUAACGGACUGGGAUGUGGAAACUGCCCGUCAUCGCCCCUCGAUGACCCUACUAUCAAUGGUGCAGAUCUCAUCCCCACCAAUGAUGCCUGGAAGAAGAUCAAAGCGCAUCCUAAUGUGGAAUUCGCAGACCUUUCCUUGCUGGCUGAAGUGGUGUCUAGUCGAUCUAAAUGUUUGGGCCCACGGAUAGUGAUAUCACCUGCACCACAAUUAUCACAAAAUGCUGUUGAGAUCAACAAUUUUUCUACUGCUGGAAACGGGGGAGAGAUAAGGCCAGGACGAACAUCUCCACCUCUAAGAUUAGUUCCUCAAGAAGUUUUACUUGAGUGCGGACGACGACGAUUACGCCAGGUCCAUGCAGAGGGCGUAAGAGAUGCCCUUCGGUUGCUGGACGCAAAGUUUUCAUGA